AUGUCUGACGUAGUUGAAACUAAUAAAACUGCUACAAAUGAUGUUGGCAGACUAUUGUAUAAUUUCUUCAGCCUAAUUUAUAUUUUCGGAGGAGCGGUCCCCUAUAUCCCGCAAUAUUUACAAAUUCGUAAAACACAAUCUGUUAAAGGCUUUUCUUCGUUUGUUUGUUUUGUACUUUUAAUAUCGAAUAUUUUAAGGAUUUGGUUUUGGUUUGUACAGCCAUUUGCAACUGCCUUACUCUUUCAAAGUUUCGUUAUGAUUAUUACUAUGCUUAUUCUAAUGAAAACCAUUACUCGGUUUUCUGGCAUAAAGCGUUCUCAAUCUAUGCCAUAUACAUCCGGUAUUAUGAAAACAGAAUCAGAAAGUUGGAAUGUUAAUCAGUUCAAAGAUGUUUGGUUUCGGAAUUUUUGGAAAUGGACGCAUUUCUCUAAUUACUUAAUAUUCUUAUAUUCAUUUACACUGAUUUCUGGUUUAUGCACUUAUGUUUUUUCAUCGAGUCAAAUUUAUAACCAAUUAUUGGGCUUUACCGCUUUGUUUAUUGAGUCCAUGCUGGGUUUGCCACAAUUUAUGAAGAAUUGUUUUAAUAAAUCAAUUGUUGGAAUGAGUAUUUCAAUGGUAUUAAUGUGGACCUCAGGUGAUAUAUUCAAAACAAUUUAUUUCGUAUUAGAAAAAGCCCCGUUACAAUUUCCACUGUGUGGUCUAUUACAGAUUGGAUUAGAUUUAGCCAUUCUUCUACAAUGUUUAUGUUAUAAAGGUGAAGGAUUUAUGUGA